AUGAUUAAUGUGAAUUGUAAUGUAGAUAGAUUAGAUAGCAAGGAGGUGACCAGCAGUAAGAACAUGUUACUAUACGGCUUUGUUGUCACCGCUGUGCUCGGAUCGGCUCACAGCCGUUACGCUACUGUCUAUUAUUAGGAGCCUAUUUUGCUGUCAGCUCUAUUUCCGAAACCUUUAACUUGUUAUUCGUGGUGACUCCGGUUGUUUGCUAUGGAAACAUAACGCUGCAGUUCACUUUUGUCUCAAACCAAACAAGAUUUUAUCGAUUCUGCUUCACCUGUGUUCAGUGCAUGUCAGCGCUCUGGAUUACAUUUUGAUCAAAACAAGCGCAGAAACGAUCAACGUUAGUUGGUGACUGGACCGGAGGGGAAACGGUGCUUUGUGUGAAAACUGUUCAUAUCAGGGAGAUGGCGCGGGAAUCGAGUUCCAUCUGGGUUUAUGUAAGGUCUGGCUUCACUUCUGGGUCAUGUUUUGGUACAUCCAGUUCCAUUGCUUGCACGGUGAGGAGUUGAGGAUGAGUCACCGUGGAAAAGCUCCAUGCAUGUGAAGCACGUUAAACUGCAGUGUUUGUCUGUAACUCUUUAUCUGACUGUUCAACUUUAAAGUGUGAGACGCUCUGGUUAUUGUGCAAUCCCCGCUGAACGGCAUCCAAGGAUCGCAGGCCUGUACUGUGGUUCCCAAACUGGGGUGCAGGGAUCUACCAUGGGGCCUUGAAGGUGUUACAGGGAGCCUCCAAGCACUGAGGAAUACCUCAGCGUUGUUUGUCAGCUGACCCAACAGCUUCCUAAUAAACACAGCAGUGCAAACAAAUUCCUUAGCCGGACAACCUUGAGGAAGACGUCUUCGGAGAAAGCCACCAAAUCACCCAGCCCCCCCCCUCCACAUUCUCAAGGGCUCCAAGUUACACUUAUGACACUUUUAGCACUUGACCCCUUUUUUCCCUUCAGAGUCAACAAGGCUUCUACUGCCUCAUCUGCAGCGUCUGACUCUGCAGCUCUCAGCACAAGUGUAGCCCAGUGAGGGAAGCUUAAAGAAGAAGAGACGAGACUCAAAAAGACAAAGCCAGAGGAAUCCCAAACUCAUUUUGAUUAUGUUGGAACUGCAACACGUAGAAGUGCAACCAGCCCUGACUGGCAGCUCACAUAAAAAUAUCUAGUAAUAAUGCCAUAAUGAGCAUUAUGGCUGGACUCAAGUACUGAUCAGAGCACGGAAAUCCUCAUGCGCACAUAAAUCAGACGUAUACUUAAACUCUUCCACCCAAAAAAAAAACCCAGGGGAGCCUGGAGCUUUCUGCCAAGCUUUUAUUUUACCCAUGUCUGCGCCUGGUGCAAGAAUGCCCCAUAACACAGCCUGCUGUUCUUGAGAAAGAGAGUAAGGAGGAGGAGGAGGAGGAGGAGGGGGAGGGGUAGGAAAUGACAGAGUGCCUGACAGAAUGCAAAGCGCUGGUGACUCCGUCCACGCGCAACGGCCACCGCGUCUUCAGCUACACGCUAGAGAGCCACACGGCGGCCGCCUUUGCCAUCAUGAACGAGCUGCGUCUGGAGCGGCAGCUGUGCGACGUCACGCUGCGCGUGCGCUACAAGGAUCUGGAAGCAGUGGACUUUGUGGCUCACAAGGUGGUACUGGCAUCUUCUUCGCCGGUCUUCAGGGCAAUGUUCACCAAUGGCCUGAAGGAGUGUGGUAUGGAGCUGGUGCCCAUCGAGGGAAUCCAUCCCAGGGUUAUGGACCGACUGAUAGAGUUUGCCUACACGGCUAGCAUCUCCGUAGGGGAGAAGUGUGUGAUUCACGUGAUGAAUGGCGCUGUCAUGUACCAGAUUGACAGCGUGGUUAAGGCCUGCUGCGAUUUCCUUGUCCAGCAGCUCGACCCCAGCAACGCCAUCGGCAUCGCCAACUUUGCUGAGCAGAUUGGCUGCACAGAGCUACACCAGAAGGCCCGCGAAUACAUCUACAUGAACUUCAGCCAGGUGGCGACCCAGGAGGAGUUCUUCAACUUGUCCCACUGUCAGCUGGUCACCCUUAUCAGUCGUGAUGAGCUCAAUGUGCGCUGUGAGUCUGAAGUCUUCCAGGCAUGUGUGGCCUGGGUGCGCUAUGACCGAGAGAACCGGCGACCGUAUGUCCAGGCCUUACUCCAGGCUGUCCGCUGCCAUUCCCUCACUCCCAACUUCCUGCAGACUCAGCUUCAGUCUCUGGACUGGGACCCUCAAUGUAAAGACUACUUGGCCCAGAUCUUCCAGGACCUCACCCUCCACAAACCCACCAAAGUCAUUCCUUGCCGAACACCCAAGGUGCCGCAGCUCAUCUACACAGCAGGGGGUUAUUUCCGUCAGUCUCUCAGCUACCUGGAGGCGUACAAUCCAUGUACGGGAACCUGGCUGAGGCUAGCUGACCUGCAGGUCCCCCGCAGUGGCCUAGCAGCCUGUGUGAUCAGUGGGCUUUUCUAUGCUGUCGGUGGAAGAAACAACGCGCCUGAUGGCAACAUGGACUCAAAUGCAUUGGACUGCUACAAUCCCAUGAACAACUGCUGGCUGCCGUGUGCACCAAUGAGCGUACCCAGAAACCGAAUCGGAGUCGGUGUCAUCGAUGGCAUGAUAUAUGCAGUUGGUGGGUCUCACGGUUGCAUUCAUCACAACAGCGUUGAGAGGUAUGACCCAGAGAAGGACCAGUGGCAGCUGGUAGCCCCCAUGUUGACACGGCGCAUUGGUGUGGGAGUUGCGGUCAUCAACCGGUUGCUUUACGCUGUGGGGGGUUUUGAUGGGGCCAAUCGACUCAGCUCCUGUGAGUGCUAUAACCCCGAGAGGGACGAGUGGAAAACCAUGGCCCCCAUGAACACUGUGCGCUCUGGAGCUGGUGUGUGCUCUCUGGGCAAUCACAUCUUCGUGAUGGGCGGCUACGAUGGUACCAACCAGCUGAACACAGUGGAGCGCUAUGAUGUUGAAACCGAUACAUGGAGCUUUGCUGCCUCCAUGAGGCACCGACGCAGUGCUCUGGGAGUCACUGCGUUACAUGGACGCAUCUAUGUACUGGGAGGUUAUGAUGGCAACACUUUCUUGGACAGUGUGGAGUGCUAUGAGCCAGAGAAGGACAUUUGGGCGGAGGUGACCCACAUGACCUCAGGGCGGAGCGGUGUGGGUGUGGCCGUUACCAUGGAGCCAUGCCAGAAAGACCUGCCCCACUGUCAGAAGCCUGAGAGGGAGAAUGGGGCUGCGUCACCUGGCUAUCAGUCCGCCAACUCGAGCUUUAGUUCUCACCACAGUCAGCGUCACGGUGGGCCCUUCGGCAAAGGCACAUGAGGUUUAUCACUAGACCCUGUCACACAUGCACACACACGGACGAGCACCCUGAAACUCCAUUCUGUCUUCCCAAAUUAAGAUAAAGACCCUCACAGCUGAUUAGAGACGGGUGAGCUGAAACACCACGUGCUGCCUCACUGAUUUUAGGGAUCACAUGAUAUGAAUUUCAAGCAAAGUCACGACAUUUUAUUUCCAGCAUUCACUGUUGAUACUCUUCAAUAAGAUGAGACAAAAAAGUUAUCUGAAUGUGCACAUUGCACUGUCUAAUACAAAUAUGUUCCCGGGUCCUAUUGUCCAGUUUUCAAGACAUGAAAUUUGAUUCUUUUUUUUUUGCGGUAAAUUGUGUUUAGAUAUGAAGUCCUCAGUCGGACCAUCACCUCCCGGAUUUGAACCAUGAGAGGGAAGGGCUGCACACUGAAAAGGGCCGUUCACAGGCUCAAAGAGUCACUUCAAAAGCAGUCCAAAAAGUGUAAAUUGAAAAAUUUGAAUCUGAGGGGAGAACAAAAAUUCAAAUAGUCCCAUUUUGUAAUAAAAUAAAUAAAAUAAAAAAUAGAAAAAAAAAAGAAUAAAAGUAGCAUUUGUCAGCAUAGGCAGUAGAGUUCAAAGUGCCAUUAACAAUGCCUGUGGGCAUUACUGUCAUCAGUGUAUUGUCUUGAGGUGCUUUGAUGGAAAAGCACAGACAGAGUCACUGUGUGGUGUGUAGAAUUGAUAACGUUAACCCAGACAGCCACAAGAUGAAGCUCUUACAUGACAGUGGGCUUCAUGCAAGAACAUUUUCCGUAUUCUCAUCCCAAACCUCUCUUUGUUUUUUCCCAUGAGAAUUUUCUUGUAUGUGAUCUCCACAAACUUACAAUAAUGAAGCCAUCCAAAUUGCUGUGUGAGGCUACUUGUUCCACUCCAUUUGUGUGCAAGUUUCAUUCAUGAAAUCAUAAAUCAAGAGUAAAACAAGUAAUUUCUCACUUUGGAGUUGCAGGUCCUUGCAUUGGAAAUCUGUGGACAGUCACAUAACAAUUUUGGCAGUGAAUGGAGAUGUGUAAGUGGACUUGAAAAAUGCAAAAUAAUUGCCAGUGCUCUGUAAUGACAGAGCUGUGCCAUGAUGAAAAUAAAGAAAGGUUUAACAUGCAGUCAGACUCUAAAAAGAGAAGUAUCAAUGACUAAAACGAGAGGCGGCACUGAAGGGAACUUGACAGUGAUUGAGACGGAUGUGAGAAGGUGGCGUUACACUCACCACAGGUGUUCACCUGUGUGUUGUGUUCAUGGUCAGUCCAAAAUAUGGCUGUAAAAUCUGAAGUGAAAAUAACUUUAAGGAACAUUUCAGUAAACUGGCAAGCCAUGAUGCAAAUAGCACGAACACAUUUUUUUGGAAAAUAUUUAAUCUCCAAAUUCAUUAAGAUUAAGAUUUUAUAAUUCUUCAUAUAAGUGUUUUGUCCCAUUUAGAGACAGUAGGUGUCUGUACAUGACUUAAAUUCUCUUAAAUCACUCAUACAUCAAUUUAAGACUUAAUGUGCUCACAUGAAUAGUUCUUGCAUGAGGCCCAAAGUCUCAAAUUUAAGUGCUAGUACAAGAAACGCAGUACCUUUUAAGUAACUAAAUUGUAACAAAGGCAUCCUUUCACUAAUAGUUACCGGUAGUUUAUUAAACGUGAAAUGUUUUUUUUUUUUCUUUUCGGAAAAGUUGUUGGCAAAUUGUCGAGAGUUGCCUCUUACAAGGCUGUCAGAGAGUCUGGUCCAGUGUAUUUGAUAUACGGAGUGCCAAGAGGAUCAAGAAACAUCUUUUAAAUGUGUCAAGAGGAAAGGGAAUACUGUAGCAUUUAAAAACUUGGAUUAAAACAUCUCACUGAAUGUGUUUUUACAAAAACACUAAAUACCGACACAGUUGAGAACCUCCCCUUCCAGUUCACUUUUUGGUUUUCAAUUCCAAAAGACCUCAGAAACAGAAGUGACCAUGUUUGUGCAUUAGUGUUCAGAUAUUGUAUGCUAAUGGCAAAAACUUGCUUAAAGAAGUGUAUUUGUAACAGCAAUUUAAGCUACAAAGGUUUUUAAGUGAUGUUUUGUACAUUGAUAUUCUAAGAAGUCUUGUACAGAAUUUCCGAGCUCACUUUUUUAUUUAUUUGUUCAGAUUGUUCUUUUGGUUUUCUCGUUCCUCUAAACUGACAUCAGCUUUGUAUUGAAUUGGACUCUGGUGUUGUGUUUUUGAAUAACUAGCAUGUAUUGUAACUAAGUAGGAAUGCCUGUCAGUGCUAAUUUUGGAUGUUUGCCUCACUUUGGAAGGGACUCUUUUUCCUGUCUGUCAGUAGUUGGAACAGAAAAUAGAAUAUUUAAGGUCUGCUUUGUAAAUUUUUCUUCCCAGCAAAAAAAUACCCUGUACAAUAAUACAUUGUAAAGUAAAAUAUAUGUUUAUUGUA